GGGCUGGAGCCCGGGUCAGCUUGGGCAGCUUUCUCCAGUCAGUGACCAACUCCGAGCUCAUCCCGGGCUCCGCACGCCCCCUCGGCACCCAGCCGGCUUCCCACCAGCUCUCGGAGCGAGCCUGGCGCUCGGCUGGCACAAGAGGAGCAGAGAAAAGGGGACUUAAGGAGAAGAAAGACCGGCCGGGACUGGGUGUUGUCUGCAGUGCCAGGAGAGUAGGUGGCGGCUGCGACCACGGCCGCGCGGGACGUGAGGCCCGAGAGCCCCCGGCGGCGGCGGCCGCUCCAGCGCCUCGCGCCCGGGCCGUUAGUCAGCAGAACGCGGGCGGCGCGUCGGAGACUCGAGAGCGCGAGCCGGGCCCCCGCGGGCGCCGCACUCCUCCGUCCCGGCGCCGGGCACCGCAGUCCUAGCAGCCGCCGCUCGGCCUGGCCGUCUGCUGGCAGGGAGCGUCCGGGGGCUGCAGCGCGGGCCGCAUCUCGCGGAGCAAGCGCGGCGGCGGGCGUUCUCUCCUGACCCUCCUAGCCCGGCGUCCUGGCCGUGGUCACCCCGGUGCAGUACGAAAUCUUGACCAAGAUCUGUUGAGCCUCUACUAGAGGAUGAAUAAUCUUUCAUUUAGUGAGCUAUGUUGCCUCUUCUGCUGUCCACCUUGCCCAGGGAAAAUUGCUUCAAAAUUAGCAUUUUUGCCACCUGAUCCAACUUACACACUGAUGUGUGAUGAAAGUGGAAGCCGCUGGACUUUGCACCUCUCAGAAAGAGCUGACUGGCAGUACUCUUCUAGAGAAAAAGAUGCUAUUGAAUGUUUUAUGACUAGAACCAGUAAAGGCAACCGAAUUGCCUGUAUGUUUGUGCGUUGCUCACCCAAUGCCAAAUAUACUUUACUCUUCUCACAUGGAAAUGCUGUUGACCUUGGUCAGAUGAGCAGCUUUUACAUAGGACUGGGAUCACGGAUUAAUUGUAAUAUAUUCUCAUAUGAUUAUUCUGGAUAUGGUGCAAGUUCUGGAAAACCAACAGAGAAGAAUCUGUAUGCAGAUAUUGAAGCUGCUUGGCUUGCUCUUAGGACAAGGUAUGGCAUUCGUCCUGAAAAUGUGAUUAUAUAUGGACAAAGUAUUGGGACAGUACCAUCUGUGGACCUUGCUGCUCGAUAUGAGAGUGCUGCUGUUAUUCUUCAUUCUCCUUUGACCUCGGGAAUGCGAGUUGCUUUUCCUGAUACUAAGAAGACCUACUGUUUUGAUGCAUUCCCAAACAUUGACAAAAUCUCUAAGAUAACCUCUCCUGUAUUAAUAAUUCAUGGGACUGAAGAUGAAGUCAUUGACUUUUCACAUGGCCUCGCAUUGUUUGAGCGUUGCCAAAGACCCGUGGAGCCUCUGUGGGUUGAAGGAGCAGGACACAAUGAUGUGGAACUUUAUGGGCAAUACCUUGAAAGGUUGAAACAGUUUGUGUCACAGGAACUGGUAAAUUUGUAAAACAUGUAAAUUUGCAUACUGGGUUUUCUUUUCUUGCUGAACUGCACUCUUUGGUAAAUAGCAUAAAACCUGAAGGUUUUGUUUGCAAAUCAUGACAGUUGCCUUCAUAAAUGUACAGGUAAUGAUUUGCUAACAGACUUAAUGAAGGUUUUAAUUACCAGAACUAGAAACUGGAACUAACAGUAUCAUGCAGUCAGGUUAUAUAAUUUAUAUUUUUCUGUGAAUUUUUUUUAAAACAUCAAAUGAGUACUGUAUGAAAUUUUAAUUAUAAAAAUCAAAUGCUGUAAAAGUAUUGCCAAAUGCUUUUGCAUAUCAGAAACAAAUUUAUAAAUAUUUUUAAAACCUCAAUGUACUAAAAAUUCUCCUGGUGUACAAGUGUAAUAAAAGCUAUACUUCUAAAAUGGUUCAAGUACUCAUAAUAGAAUAACUACAAAAAUGAAAAAGAAUAAAGAAAACAUGCAAGUUAAUCAGAAUUGAUCUAAACCCUGUUGUACAGGGAUGGAUAGAGGCUUAACAGGUUAUUUUACCAUAUACAUUGAAUUUUCUGUUUUCUCUGGUCAUAAUGUAUUUACCCUUUAAAAAAGAAGAAAAAGAAAUGAAGUUUUAGUUUUUAUGCCAUCUGUCCCUUACUAAUUAGUUAUCAUGUAACUGAGAAUUCAUGACAGCACUGAAUUUUAAUUAGAUUGGAUUUAUAAGUAUGGAACUGUGAGGCAACUACUUAAAAUUUUUCAUUUAGCUAUUUAAAAGGCAGUUAGGGCUUCAAGCCUGAUUUUGUAUGCAAUGUUGUUUUAAAUUUGACUAAUCUCAUAGAGUUGUAGUACUCUUGAUCACAUAAAAACCUGAAAGUUUGUUAGCUGUUCUUCAUCACCACAACUAGACUGGCUAUUUGGUCCCUUUUUCAUUUUGGCUUUUACUCUGAGAAUUUGAUGGGUUUACUCCUACAUAUAGGAGGUAAGAAAACAUUUCACUCAUAAGUGUUAUAUUAACCAGUGUAGUAAAAAAUAAAGCUCACAUGCAAAAACUAAGUUGCCUUUUCUUGAAUGAAUCCUGCUUGAUUAAAACAAUGAAAGAAAAAGAAAAAUAAGUUUAAUGGUAUGUAGUUUAAUUUGUAAAUGAAUGAAUAUUAAAAUAAUAUACACUGUGGAUAUCUUUUAAGGCCUUAUGUAGCUCUAAUUGUUCUGCUUGUUCUGUGGUAUGUCUUAAGACUAUAGUAUAUGAUUCUCUUCAAAGUAUAUCAAGUAUUGUGAAUGCUUUGGUUCAGCUGUGUCAAAUUAACAGUAAAAAAAAAAUUCACCACUCA